UCUCUGCAAACCAAGAUGUGUGGGCAAAUCAUUCUGACCAUGUUUGUGCUCUUGGACUUCCUUCCAGUGGCAGUUGCCCAUUGUAUGAUCCAUCAGAUUCCAUCCUGGGACUUCACGUUGCCCUUUAUGCUGCUGAAUGAGACAUUUCUGAGUCCUUUCUCUGCUGGAGUUGUCCAGAGCUGGUCUGGUUUGAGGAGAGAGCAUGGAACAUCCACAACUAAGCUUCCCUUGCUGAUGAAUGAAGAAAGGUUUCUGUGUUGCCUUUGGAGUGACAGCAACAUCGAUUGUUCUUUGUACAGAGCAAGCAUGCAGGCAAGGAGGUUUAUCCCUUCUGAAAUAAGUGUCUCUGCUUCUCAGGAAAUGGAUUCCAGCUGGAACGUGGAGUGUUGGAUUACAGGCAAGCUGGACCUCUUGGUUUGUAGCCUGUGGGUUUUGAAGUCGUACUUGAGAGCUGACUUGAAGGUUAAUCUUUUCUAUGCUGUAUCAGAGCUAUCACUGGAAGAUGUCUCUACAAGUUCUCUGAAGGGGCCUGUGCUGGUUGCUCAGUGUGACUGCAGUGGGUCUGACAACUGCAAGUGCUGUGUGCCUUCUCUGAGACUCAACUACACCUACAUCAUGUGGCUGGAGAUGACAGUUGGUGUGACACCUCUGUGGUCACCUUUGAUGUCAGUUAAGCCCAUAGACAUAGUAAAGCCUGAGCCUCCUCUGAACCUGCAUCUAGAAAUGACAGAGAAAGGUCAAGUGAAGAUCUGCUGGUCUGAUCCUGUUCUGAUGCCAUACCUGCUUCAGUAUGAAGUGAAGAUCUCUACAAACUCAGGUCAAAGUGGCUGGCAGAUGGUUCAGGCUGCUCUAGAAACUUCCCUGGUUGUAGACAACCUGCUACUUGAUUCUUCAUACUUGGUUCAAGUGCGGAGCAGGAACCGUCAUGGUCCAGGGUUCUGGAGUGAGUGGAGCACAUCAUAUAACCUCAGCUUGGGAGCUGAAGUCCUCUACUUCCCUCCUAAGCUGCUGACCAGUGUUGGUUCCAACGUUUCCUUUCACUGCAUCUAUAAAAACCAAACCAAGCCUGUAGAGUCCAAGGAGAUCGUGUGGUGGUUGAACUUGGCAGAAGAAAUCCCAGCAAGUCAGUACAGGCUGGUGAAUGCUCAUGUAAGCAAAGUGACUCUUUCCAACUUGAAAGCCACCAAACCUAGAGGGAGUUUCUUCUAUAACGCCUUGUACUGUUGCCACCACAGCAGGGAAUGCCACCAGACAUAUGCUGAACUUUAUGUAGUAGAUGUGAAUAUCAACAUCACCUGUCAAACAGAUGGGUAUUUAACUCAAAUGACCUGCAGAUGGUCUGUAAACCCAAACACACUGCUCCUGGGAAGUUCCUUGCAGUUAAGAUACUACAGGAGCAAACUUUAUUGUGCUGACUUCCCAAGUAUUUCUCCAAACUCAGAGGUGAAAGAAUGCCACUCGCAGCAGAAUCAUUCUUACGAGUGCACAUUCCAGCCCAUUUUUCUUUUGUCUGGAUAUACCCUGUGGGUAGAGUUUAAGCACUCCCUAGGAACACUCCAGUCCUCACCAAGCUGUGUCGUGCCAGCUGAUGUGGUGAAGCCACUUCCCCCUUCCAACAUUACAGCAGAAGUCACCAGGAACACUGGGCUGCUGAAGGUGAGCUGGACAAACCCCAUAUUCGCACACGACCUGGAGUUUCAGAUCCAGUAUGGUGUGAGCAGGGAAGACAUCACCUGGGAGCAUUAUGAAGUUUCAAACGCUCCAGAAUCAGCUGUGAUCAAAGUUCAGAAGCUUUGUGUUGAGUAUGUGGUUCAGAUCCGCUGCAGAGAGCUGGAUGGGUCAGGUUACUGGAGCGACUGGAGCAGACCAGCUCACACACUUGUGAAAGAUAUCAAAGCUCCCUCACAAGGCCCUGAAUUUUGGAGAGUUAUUAUUGAGGAUCCAGCAAGGAGGCAGAAGAAUGUUACUCUCCUAUGGAAGCCGCUGCCGAAGAACCGCUCGCUGUGCAGCGUGAGCAGAUAUGUGGUCAAGCAUCAAACAUCAGGGAACACCUCCUGGUCAGAACACGUUGAGAAUGGCACCACCUGCUCCUUUCCAUGGACUGAAGGCACACACACUGUGACAAUUCUAGCCAUGAAUUCACUUGGAGUUUCUUCACUCAACUUUAAUUUAACUCUCUCACAGCACAUGAGCACAGUGUCCGUGGUGCGGUCGCUCAGCGCUUACCCAGUGAACAGCACCUGUGUCAUCCUGGUGUGGACGCUGUCAGCUCAGCUCCAUGUGGUAACAUCUUUUGUCAUCGAGUGGAAGAACCUCAACAAAGAGGAGGAGCUGCAGUGGGUGCGAGUCCCUCCAAACACCACCAAAUAUUACAUUUAUGAUCACUUCGUCCUGGUUGAGAAGUACCGCUUCAGCCUGUACCCUGUGUUUGCUGAAGGAGUUGGCAAAUCCAGAGCAACAGAGCAGUUUGCCAAAGGUGGAUAUGAGGAUGAGAAGAAUGCCAGCCUCUCCGUGGUCCUGCCAAUAGUGAUUUCAACCUCAGCUCUCUUGCUUGGAGCAUUGCUGGUUUCACACCAAAGAAUGAAAAAGCUGUUCUGGGAAGAUGUUCCAAACCCCAAGAAUUGCUCCUGGGCACGAGGAGUUAAUUUUCAGAAGCCUGAAACUUUUGAGCAUCUCUUUAUCAAGCACCCUGAAGUGAUGUCAUUUGAGCCUCUUCUUCUGGAACCAGAAAUAGUGCUGGAAGACUUCAGCAUUAGUCAGGCACUGAAACCAGAAGACACCCAAGGAGGUUUUUUAGUCAUUGAUUCAAUGUUUACAACAACUCCAGACUCUGAAGGUGACUCUGCUUGCUCUAGCAGCCAUUUCAAUAGCAGCACCUUCUCUGAGAGCUCCCAGGAUGGCCACAGCAGUGGAGAAAUGCCAAGGCAGAGUGAUAUCAAAUAUGCUACUAUCAGCAGCAGCUCUGGAUCGAGUGGGCUUUAUGAACAGAAAACGAAUCCAACAGGUUCUUUGGGUAGAUGCUUUGUAGCUGAAGAUUCCAUAGCUACAGGCACCUUCUCCAGUAGCUCCUGGGAGGUGGGAAAUGGGGCCUUCCUCCUGUUGCCUGACUAUCCUGGCAGGCAGCCCAGCAAGACUCUGUCUCUUUCCCUCAUCUCUUCAGAGGGUUUUUCAGAGCCUUCAGACCAGGAUGAGACUUUCACAGAUGGAGACAGUCCUGAGCAGAGCCUCUGUUACCUGGGGUUAACAUCCCUGGACAAAAGAGAAGAUGACAUUUUUGUAACAGAAGGUUCUGGGGUGAUGUGUGGGGUUCAUAGAGCUGAUCUGCUCAAAGAUGGGGGGUUCCUUCGGCAUACACCACCUGAUUUAAAUGCUCUGAUCCAGAGUAGCCUUAAGUAUAAAGCCAGUGUGCCCUACAUGCCACAGUUUCAGAUGACUGCUGCCAAGGUGCAAGAGACCACAGAGCCUUAAGAUGACCUCUUAAAUCAUCAUUUUCUUGAUGGUUUUUUUAGGUGUUGACAUGUUCCCCUGUUGUUUCCUCUCCUGACCUCUUCUCACUGGUGCCCAGAGACAAGACAAGCUGCAAUGGGCACAAACUGGAACCCAGGAGGAUCCACUUGAACAGGAGGGAAAAACUUCUUUGUUGUGAUGGUGCUGGAGCCCUGGAGCAGGCUGCCCAGAGAGGUUGUGGAGUCUCCUUCUCUGGAGAGCUUCCAAACCCAGCUGGCCAUUGUGAUGCUGGGCAAGCUGCUGUGGGUGCCCCUGCUUGAGCAGGGAGGUUGGACUGGAUGAUCUCCAGAGGUCCCUUCCAACCCCUACCAUGCUGGGAUUCUGGGGGUUUACAUGACUUUUAUUGGGAGCUUUCCUGUUUUGAAGCUUUUGAAUGUCCACAUUUUGUUAUUGAACCUGAGGCUCUAGUACCAAUGGUCCUGCUUUAAAAGUAACAUCUCUUCCAACCCCCCUUCCCAAGAGCCCAAAGAUCCUGUGGUUUUGAUCUUCAGUCUGAAGAGCUUCAGAGGGAGGAAACUCAGAUGGUGCACCUCAGCUGUGUGUGCUGGGAGAAGCAGGUAAAGAAACCCACACUUCUUUGCAAGCCAAAUAUUUUUUUCUACACCAUAGCAAAUAUUUUUGAUACCUUUCCCAAAGACCUAUUUUGAGGAGCUAAAAACAAAUAAAUAA